AUGACCCCGCUUCAGUGGGUCGGGGCUGGCCUAUUGGUGCUCGGUCUUGUACUCUACUUCGUGGAUCUGGACCUCGACUUCGACAUCCCCGGUGUGGACUUUCCGGGCAUCGCGGGCGGCAUAUGCGUCGUCGCCGGGACUUUCCUGCUAUUCGACGACGUCCGGAUCGGAGCGGGCGUCCUCGUCGCCGUGUCGCUGUUCGUGGCGGCCAGGCUCGCGGUGCGCUAUAGGAUCACCCGCUUUGCCAGGUACCGCACGCAGACCGAGAGGCUGCUGGGCGAGACGGGGUACUCCAUGACGGCCCUUGAGCCGCGCGGCAGCGUUCAGGUGCAGCGAGCUGUGGAGUGCGGUCUCCGAUUCGGGCGAGCCUAUUGA